AUGCCGGAUCCGCCCGGCGCCGAUGCGCCCCCGCCCGAGGACCUAUUGGGUGGUAAUGGCGCGAGUGAUUCAUCACUCAACACGCAAACGCGUGAAGCGGUCACUGGAGGAACCGCGAAUCCUCCAGCUUGGUCGCCCGAGGCAACUCAGGUCCGGUUGGACCAUGAGAAGCUGAUGAAGAAGACCUUCCAAGUGCUCGGGAUUGUUCCCUCCAGCAAGUCGACCCGCCGACUGAUGGUCCUGAUGCACGACGCCUCGACCCCGCCUUCGCAGGCGCCAGCGCUCGCACGAGCCGCCCAAAGAGCGGUGCGAAACGACGCAGCCCCGGCCUCCAAUGUGAUUCGAGUCAUUAUGGAUGGUCCUGGAUCACCCAGAGGUCCUGUACAGACCGCGCUGCGCAAGCACUUUGGAUUGGCCGAGACGCCGUUCAUGUUCGCGCGGCCCGAGGGCGUCGUGCUUGACCCCGAGGUCGAGAAGCUUUUCUCGAAAUGCGUGAAGCUGAACCCGAUUGUGACGAAAGCCACGAAGAGGUUCCCGAUCGCUCGUCACAUAUACGAGCUUGUAUUCGAAUCCGAGCAAGCUUGUCUUGAAGCCGCUUCAGUGGGCCCAUUCCCCUACCACGGCAAGGAGAUGGUUACCGAGCUCCCCAGCGCCUCUCCCCUUAACCACGUCGUGCAGGUGCGAUUCACCUUGCCCUCCUCCUCCAGCGCGAUCCCCGCUUCCGUGCUCCGAAAAUCUCUCGAUGAUGCUAUCACCCUUUCGUUCGGCCGCGCAGGUCGCACGCAAGGUUAUACCCUGAUGCAAUUACAGCGGGGCCUCGCGGUCGAUCCGAAUGGCGAUCCGAUGGCCAUGACCGAAGACGGGUUCCACUGCGCGUACCUUCGCUUACAUGCUGAUCUUUUCCAAGGCUCCAUCGAGACGCAGAAGGCCGCGCUCAACGCCGCUUUGCCACAAGAGAUCGAGAUCCUGGGCGCCAAGUACGGCUUGCGACACGAAUUCGAGACGCACUACUGCGCGGUGUGCGAUCGCGCCGGACACCAGUGGGGUGCUUGCAGGAAGCCGGUUUCGACUCCGGCCACCGCCGCCCCUGUUCCGGGGGCCUCGACCUCGACUUCGACUUCGACUUCGACCACCGGCUUCCGAGUUGCUGGAAAGAAUGGGAAGCACGGUGGGCCUGCCGCAUUGAACUCUCGUGUCUCUGGCGCGAACAUGAUCCAGCUGGGACCUCGUGCUAACCCCGCAGGUGCAGUAACCGCCAACAAGGACGACGCGAACGACGGCGACGACGAGUCGGUCGUUUCGACCGAACCGGAGGGCGGCGACACUGGGGAAGAGACGUCGACGCGUGCGACCCUGGGCUCAACAAAGGAGACGCAGACGACGAUGGCGGCGCCCGUUUCGACCCCGACCUCUCCUUCGCCUUUGUCCGGUGGCACGUCGGGAUCAUCGGCAACCUCGACAACCUCGAUAGCCUCGACGAGUCCUCGACGCCUUCGUUCGAGCUCGGCACCCGGCAACCGACGUGUCACCCGGGCGGGAUCCGCCAUGAUCCUCGGUGCAUCAGGGGGUGAUGGCUCAGGGGGCAACAGUUCAGGGGGUCACAGGUCCGAGGUGACCGAAUUCGAGGGGGGCGGCGCUGAACUGAUUUAAUCAUGAUUGAGUCACUCACCGUGUUGACGUUCAACGUCCGAUCGAUGAAGAACGCAGUCAACCAAGUCAAAAUCAUCCGUUAUCUCAAAACCCUUCGGCCGGCCCCUGCGGCCAUCCUCCUGCAAGAGCACCACCUCAGCUACAACGCGUCGCGCGAAGGCUUCGAGAGUGCUUGGCCGGGGGCUUGUAUUCGUUUCACUCCUCAUGUCCUUACCCUCAUACCCGAUGGCUCACCUUUGGCGGGCCAUCUCCUUUCCUCUACCCCGGUCGUCUUUGCAGGAGCUCCUCGUUUCGACGGUCGGAUUCUGCGCUCGGUGUUUCGUCUUGAGGAGCUCGAUGUCGAGAUCAUCAACAUGUACGCGCCGGUGCAGGAGGACGAUCGUCGCGACUUUUUCGGGCUUCUGCACUUCAGCGCCCCGAGACCCAAGACUCUUCGGAUCUUGGCCGGCGAUCUCAACGAUUGUCCGGAUGUAUCGGUCGACCGAGUGUCCAUCACCGAUCGCGCUUGGACUCCUGUAUCGCACUGGCAGACCUUGCUGUCAAAGAUCGCGUUCAAGGCACUCGACACGGUCCGACAUGUCCAUUCUUGCACCCCUGCAUUCACUCGUCCUCACUACCGUGGUAGAGGGGAAGAGCGAAAGAUUUGCUCGUGGUCGCGGAUCGACUAUAUUCUUGUCCAAUGCAGUUGGGCGAACCGGUUGUUGAGCGCUUCUACGCUCUUCGAUGCGCCCUGUUCGGACCACAGACCUGUAGUUGCGACUUUCGCUUUGCCUACAUCGAACGCUGAUGCCGAACCCCCCCUUUCUCUUCCCUCCACGAGCGAUUUCAUUUCGAGGCUCAACCCAAUGGUCUUUGACGAUCAAGACUUUGUCGCAUCGAUUCCCGGCGUCGUCGACGAGGUCUAUCGAAGGCUCGAGGGGACCGCUCCGCUCGGCGACGUCUAUGACGCCGCUCUGCGGGCGGUUGCAGUCGCUGGCCAUGCACGAUACCGCUCGACUCGUGCCGACAUGCGCCGACUGCGGGCCGAGAGCCAAUCCGUCAUGGAGGCUUUGGAGGCACGCGGUGAGCACAUGAAUGAGGCCGAGCGCGAUGUGUAUGCUCUUGCCAAGUCGCGGUUGGACCAGUUGGCGGUAAAGGAGGCUCAGUGGCUGCGCAUUCGUGCGCAUGUGCCGUCAGUCGACUCGAGGGAAGGUCAAUCGGCAAGCAUUCGCACGCGCCUCAACCGCCGGAGUCGCCAGACGAGCAUCGUCUCGCUGGAGGAUGUGGAUGGCACCGAGACCGUUGACAUGCAGGAGGCGCUGGGUAUUGCUUCACGGCACGCGCAGUCGCUCUUCACGCCGGACCCAGCUCGUGGCGACCCGACGAACGCACGCCGGUCCCUGCUCGACCCUAUUCGCGCAGCGAAAUGCUACGAUGACGACCGCUCGGACCCUACGUUCGGUCGUCGGCUGCCUCGUCAAGCGAGAGUGGCGCUUGACGAGCCCUUCACCCUCCUCGAGGUUGAAGCGGCGUUGAAGAAGACGGAUUCGGGGCGAUCACCGGGGCCCUCGGGCAUUCCGUACGAGCUCUUCAAGGCGCUGCCAACCUACUUUGCUCCCAAGCUGUUGGACUUGUUCAACUCGAUUUGGGAGGGCGGCAAAAUGACGGCGUCCUUGGCAGAGGGGCUGGUGCGGCUCUUGCCCAAGAAUAAACCGGGGGCCAAUCUGAAAUCACUGGGGGCAUACCGACCGAUCACAUUGCGCGAGACGACCUACAAGGUCCUCAGCAAGGUCUUGGUGGCGCGACUCAAUGGGGUGCUCGGCGAGCUUUUGCCGCCGGCGCAACACGGUUUCAUGCCAUCAAGACGUUCAGCGGACGCGGGAAGUCAUCUCACUCUCCUUCUCGAAAAACUCAAGUCGCUAGGCACUGAUGUUUUCCCCGAGGGCGCCCUCUUGUCUUUGGAUCAGCAGAGCGCGUACGAUCGGGUCGAUCACGCCUGGAUCUUCGAGGUCUUUGAGGCCUUUGGGUUCGGUGAGCGUUUCAUCUCGCUGCUGCGCGCUCUCUACGAUCCCGAGACUCUGGGGGUGCGCUACCUUGUCAAUGGGUUCCCCACGGACUUGGUGCGGUUGCUGUGUGGUCUCGGUCAGGGGGAUCCCCUCUCGUGCCCGGUUUGGAACAUCACGUUCCAGCCCUUCCUCGACGCCCUCGUUCGGCGCGGGAUCGCGCUCGACCUGCAGAAGGUGUGGCCAGGGGGGCCGCGUGCGCAGCUUACGCAUCUGGCGUUUGCCGACGAUGCUGUGGUGGUGGUGGAGUCACCGGCGGCAUUGUCGAAGCUGCAAACGCUGUCGCAGACGUGGUACGAGGCUACCAACGGGAAGACCAACACGGACAAGACGCUGGUGCUACCACUCGGACCGAACUGGCUUCGGGACGAGACUGCGCAGGCGCUGCCAACGGUGCAGGAGGGGGAGAGCUUCAAGUGGUGCGGCUAUGCCUUCUUUCGCCACGGUGACUCGAAACUGUUUUGGACCCAUGUUCUUGACAGGAUCAAGGCCAAGGCCCGCACCGCUCGAGACCGGACACUUUCGCCGAGUGGGAAGGUUUUCUAUGCCAACGCUCACAUCAUCUCGACGGUCCUCCACGUGCUGUCCUUCGACAUACCGCCUCAAUGGUUCAUUAAGGCGGCGGAGACGGCACUUACGGACUUUGUCUGGGGAGGAGCAGGGCGAAAUACCGUCGCUCGCGAUUUCGUGUUCCAGGCUCGGGAGGACGGUGGCUUGGGUUUGAUUUCGAUUGGCGACAUCGUUCAUUCGGUGGCGCUUCGAUUUUGGGAUGCUGUGGCGGGCUCGGACGAGGCGAUCUGGGCGCCCCUAGCUCGCGAGAGCUGGAGGUCCCUCGUCGCUGCGACCCGCGAUUUCAGUCCGUGGGGGUUCUUCAGCAGCACGGCUCGGGUCGAGAAGCUGUAUCGCGACUCGACGCGCUGGGGGGCAGUCGUUGCAGCGGCCAGGGUCACAGUUCCAACCAUCAAGUCCGAACUCCUUACGCUUCCCGAAUUGCUCUCGCUUCCGCCUCGCCUCCCUUCACUCUAUGCUGAAGGUGCCCAGCACGCAUAUGACGAUGCGGACGCGGUGGCGAAGUUUGCGCAGAUCGCGGACCUGUACUGGAGGGACGAAGGGAAGGGAUGGGCUCUGGUUGGUCAUCGACGCGGGUUCUGGCAGCACUCUAAGGAACCCGCCCUACAGCACGAGCACGUGUGGUCGCGCGUGGGUCAGUUGCUCAAGGCGAAAGCGUUGCUGCCCAAGACCGCGUUGCGACCUGCUCGGAUACCUCUCAAGGAGGCUCCCCGUCCUCGGUGCUUCAACUUCUUUGGGCUCUCCCGACCUUUUACGAUUCGCAAGCUUCGUCGGCUUGUGAACAAGGUGCGGUUCCCAGGGAGGGAGGACCGUGUCAAGCGUUUCCCUGAUGGGACUUCUCAGAGCGAUAGGAAGCGCUUCUGGAGAUGGCUUCAUGACCGGUUCGCAUCUGCUGUCGAGCAGGACACCCACUGGCGGCUCAUGUAUGACGUGACGCCGACGCGCAAGAGGCAGCAUACUCAGGGUCAUGCCUCUUCGCCGACGUGUCUGUUCUGUGGCAACGAUGCAGCGGUCAUCGAGACGGUGUCCCACUACUUUUUCGAGUGCGCGUACUCGACCAGCUUCUGGGGUGGGGUGCUACGCAUUCUGCUUGACAAGCUCGGCAUCGAGGAUACCGACGUCGAUCCGUCGACGUUCACUCCGGAGCAGCUGACUAUGGGGCUCCCCCUUUUGCGGGGUCGUGGGAGAACGACCUCGAAAUGGAUGUGGGUUCGGCUGGCCUGCGCGAUCGGUUUCCAGCGGCUGCACCUGCUCCGCUGGCGCGUUCAUCAGCGGUUCGAGCUGGACAACGUCGUGGCCUCUCCCUCGCUUCCCAGUGCGCUCAGAGCGUUCGAGCGAGAUUUUCUCUCUCGAGCGGGCUUUGUGCCUGGGGCUCGAGAUUGGGAGGUGUGAUGACCGAGUUAAGUCCUUCCUUCCCAUUUUCCUCCCCUGCUCUCUCUCCCCUCCUUUCCUCCCUUCCUUUUCGGAGGUCGACUUUUCUUUCAGAAGCUGACUGUCUUGAAACUUGUUGCGCAGUGGAAGGCUGCGCACCUCUCCCUCUCUCUACUUUGUGCAGUAGCGGUUUUCGUUCUUGGAUGGAUCGGCAAGCCGGGUCGAUCGUCGUUGCGUUGGAGGCUUUGUGAAGUUCUCCCCUCUCUUUCCCCCCCUUUCUCCCUUCUCUUCCUCAUCUCGUUCCUGUUGCUCGGUUGUUGACUACGCUUCAGCCACUUCUCCUUUUAUUCCUAAGCCGUGUGUUGGAUUCCGUCGAAUAGAUCGUUCGUUCGCGUUGGUCAAGAUCUACGGCAUGGAUCGGGAAGAAAGGUCGCUCGUUUUUUUGGUCAAUAUCCUCGCGUCAAGGCGAGGCUCGUUUCGUUGUAUUGGAUCGUUUUCGCUCGGCCCUGACGGCUCAACAGCCAGCACUCGAGACUCAGCCAAGGGAGGACAUCAGGCGCUGUCGGGGUGACGAGUAGCUGGGGCUUGGCUGCGGCCUGUCAGUCCCUGGGGACCUCUAGCUCUGGCUUCGACCCCCUCCCUUGGCCCCUCGGGUGUGUUCCCCUCCUCCUCCCCUCCUCUCUGUCUUAGUAUUCCUGGUUCUCCGUGUUUCCAGUCGUGAAUUUUUGUUUAUUCUCCCCUUUUCUUUCUCUAGGCGCUCUUGCCUGGUUUUCGAGUAUCUUCGCUCCCGCUCUUGGGACGUGAAGCGGCAGCAGUACUCACCGCCCGUUGGAGUCCGCGUUAGGUGCUCGGCGGGUUUUGAUCUGCGCAGCGCUCUUUGCGCGCAGGGGUUUGACUUUCACCCAAUUGCUUGCCGUCGUUGCUUUAUAACCUCUUUUAGCUCUUUUUCUAGCGGUCCCAGCCAACCCGAAGGAUUGCAAUUUAUGAGCCCCAGUAAUAAAAUAAAAAAAAAAAAAAAAAAGCCUCGACGAUCUACGACUAUCCCAAGGAUCUUUCCGAUCACCGACCGGUCUUGAUCGUACUAGCUCUCUCAGACGAUCUUGAUGCGGCUCUCCCACAGCUCAGCCUACCUACCACAUCCGACCAACUACAUCGAAUCAAUACCACAACCUUCAAGACGGUGGAAUUUCAGCGGAUGAUGGAAGGAUGGUUGGAAGGGGCAAGCGGGGAGGAUCCGGUGCGAGAGCUUGAGGAGGUUCUGGAGGCGUGCAGGGACAGGGGUGGGGAGAUGGCGAGGAGGCUGCAUCGGGAGCGGACGGAACGGAUGGAGUAUUUGGUGGGGAGGGUGCAGGAUCUGGAGGCGUUACCGGUAUGGGGGGAGGCGGAAACGGCAGAAUGGACAAGGACGUCCGAGGAACUCAAGCGGGCGGUCGAGGAGCGCGCGCGCCUACUCCGGAUCCGAGCCCACGUCCCCGAGAUCGCUUCCGAGGAACGACUGUCGCGGCCGGUCCACGCCAAGCUCGCGGCGCGGAACUCGGACUCCAAGAUCACAGCACUGCGCUUGGGCAACGGAGAGCUAACGCAUGACAUUGAUGUCGCUCUUGACCACACGCAGGCGCAUUUCCAGCGCCUCUACCACAUCGAGCCUCGUGAUCCGGAACGCGUCGACCGACUUCGGGACGAACUCCUCGUGCCGAUCAGGGCGGCACGGACUUGCGACGACCCGCGCUCAGAUCCGCUCUUUCUGCGCCGACUCUCGGAAGCGCAGAUUGAUCUCCUCCAGCAACCCAUCACCGAGGACGAGGUCGUGGCCGCGAUCGGGACGACGCACCCGGGGCGAUCGCCGGGCCCGUCGGGCGUGCCUUACGAACUCUAUCAGACCGCACCGGAGGCGUGGUCCAAGGUGCUGACCAAGGCCUACAACGCGAUGAUCGAGCGCGGUUCACUCUCUCCCAAGCAGGGCCAGGGACUCGUGCGCCUCAUCUUCAAGCGCCACAAGAAGAAUGCCGAUCGCGCCGAACUCUCGUCGUAUCGCCCCAUCACCCUGCGCGAGUGCGAUUACAAGAUUUUUACCAAGGUCUACGUCGCCCGAUUGAACCAAAUUCUGCCCGAUCUCCUCCCGCCGCAGCAGCACGGCUUCGUCAAGGACCGCCGAUCGGCCGACGCUGCACUACACCUUCGUCUCCUGAUCGAGGAACUUGGCGCGCGCAGGACCGAGUUCCCCGCGGCCGCGCUCUUGUCUCUUGACCAAUCAUCCGCCUACGACCUCGUCGAGCAUGACUGGAUCUUUGCCAUUUUCGACGCUCUGGGCGCUCCUACCACCUUUCUUCGCGUGCUGAGGAUGCUCUACUCGGGUGACUCGACCUCGGCGCGCUACAUCAUCAAUGGGUUCCUGACGGCGCCGGUGCGACUGACGUGUGGGCUCGGCCAAGGGGACCCGGCGUCAUCGUCGGUCUGGGACAUCGUGUUUCAGCCGUUCCUGGAUGCUCUACACCGUCGAAACAUCGCGCUGAAUCUCUCCAUACCUGCACUUCAUCCGUACCCACAGAGCCGCGCCAUUACAUCACUUGCAUUUGCCGAUGACGUUGUCGUCGCCGUCGCGGGCUUGGAGUCACUCAACUUGCUCGAUGACCUGGCGCUCGACUGGAGGCAUGCAACGAAUGGCCGGCUCAACACGGACAAGACGGUCGUCCUACCGAUUGGACGUCGCUGGGACCCUGGGGAACGGCCAAUCGUCGUCAAGGCCGCAGGCGAGUCGCUCGAGUGGAUCGGCCUCCCCUUCGACCCCAGCGGCGACACCGAACUCGCCUACGCGAAUCUCAUCGAACGGCUCGAGGCGACGCUGGAAGCGGUUCAGCAUCGCUGGCUCACGCACCACACCCGUGCCUUUUACGUCAAUCGGUACGCCAUUCCCAAGAUCCUGCAUUUCCUUGCAGCCGACAUCCCGCCGCCCGAAGUCGUCAAGAAGCUCGAUGACAUGCUCGUCGAUUUCGUCCGUGGGGGCAAGGGCAGGACCAGCUACGGCAGAGACAUUGUGUUCACCGCCAAGAACAAGGGGGGACUCGGGGUGAUAAGGAUGCGGGACGUUGUGGACGCGGUUGCGGCACGGCUCUGGGACGUUCUUCUCGGCGGUUCCGGCGCGAUUUGGCAAGGACUUGCGCGCGCAUCACUCCAGCGAGCUCAGCCCGACCUCGACCUGGCCACCGAUCUCUGGCCACAUCCAUCCACUCCCAUCCCCAACGACCUUCAUCCCCGAUGGCACGCCGCACUGGGCGUUCCGAAACUUCACGACGCGCAGGUCAACCCGAGGGCCUUGACCACCGCGAACUUGCUCGCGCUGCCCACCCUGCUCGGCAGCCUCCACACCCCCAUCAGAGGGAGACAGACCAUCGACGCGGUUCAUGUACCUGACUACCUUCGUCUCCAGGGCUACCCGAAGGUGGCGGAUCUCUAUCGACGCGAGUUGUAUGCGGGUGGGGGGUUUCACCUCUGGACGCCGCCGGCGGAUGUGCUUGGCGACAACAGCGAGUACGAUCGACGCGGGCUCCCGCAGCGACUGGCAAUCGCGGCCUGGUACCGGUUCACUGUCGAUCGACACAAGAACACCCCCUUGGCGGCGGCGGUGGCGGCGGGACGACUCAACGUGCCUCCCCGGAUCGGCACCAGCGCACCGCUCGAGGCGAUCAUCCCCAAGCCCGUGGCCCGCUUCGCAAUGGAGCAGCGCCUUCCGGACCCGGUGCUUCCACAACAGGCGAGCCAGUAUACGCUGCUGAACAUGGCUCGCCCCUACACAGUCCGUCGCAUCCGCCGGGUCCUGAACGCGAAGGCAUUUACCAACAUGCUCGGGCUCAAGGGACCACCGCAGCCGGACGACCUCAGGAGCUUCUGGAAGGCAGUCAACUCGAAGGCACUGACAGCGAGGGAGAGGGAAGUUUGGUUCAAGCUGAUCCUCCGCUUCACCCCGACGCGCAAGCUCCAGCACGAGCAAAAGCACGACACUUCUCCCGCGUGCCUCGUCUGCGAAGCGCCGGUGGACGACACCGAUCACUACUUCUUCGGCUGCUUCGACUCGCGAAACGUCUGGAUCGCGGCGAGGGGCGUGCUCUGCGACGCGCUCGGAUGCGACACGAUCGAGGACGCCGAGUACACGACGCUUCAACGACUCUUUGGCCUCCCCAAGCUCAAGGCCAAGCUCAGCGCACAGGAAGGCGCGGGCAGGACGAUCGAGAUCUUCACGGGGAUGGUUUUGGAGAUGAUCAGCAGUGGGAGAUGGAGGAUGCAGAAGCACGGGACGAGGAUGGAAAGCCUGGAGCGGAGGAGGGUGGUACUGGAGGAGAGGAUGAAGUUGAGGGCGGGGGGAGCAAGGGGCGGGCGAGGGCAGUAG